AUGCCUCAUUACAUCAACACGAUACCACAAUCCCACAAGGUUCAACACCUUGCACAUACAUCCUACUCUCAUCUCAUCGACGGUCCCAUCGCCAAGGGCGGCAGUGGCGGUGGCGGCCGCGGUGGUAGUCGCGGUGGUGGUGGUAGCAGUGGCGGCGGUAGCAGUGGCGGCGGUAGUAGUGGUGGUGGAUCAACUCCCCGUUUACCUCCAAUCAUUUUUAUCCCCGGAUCCAGUGGUGGACAUGGAGGCCAUGGCAGCUCAUCCAAUUCGACCGCACCCUACGACUCGUCCAGUUCCAAGAAUACAGGCGCCAUCGUUGGAGGAGUCCUUGGCGGCAUUGUUGCUAUCACCUUCAUGUUCCUCUUUGGAUGGUGCUUUUACAAGCGCAGGCAGGCCAAGAAGGAGACGGUUGAGGAUGCCGAAGCCCAAGACAAAGAGCUAGGUCAUGCUCUGAUGGGUCCCGAUGGUGUUGAACCCUUUACUCUCUACCCUCCUCCUCCACCUUUUACUCCGGUUGAUCCUUUCGUCACCGCCACUACCCAGCCCGAUUACAUCGCGGCAAAGUCCCCUCUUGAGUACUACAGGCAGGCCCCUUCCUCGUCCGAAAACCUCGUCUCUGCCGCGACUAUCACUGCACCUGUCUCUGAGAAGGAUGCCCAGGGACAGACACAACUCGUAUCAUCCCAGUCCUCGUCGGCAACUCUCCAUGACGUUGAGAACGGACACGACGCAAGGCUGAAGCCCGGUGAUUCCCCUGCUGGUGCCACCGUGUCUUCCUCCUCACCCCGAGCAGAACAGGAAUGGUUCCUGACAACUCAGGUCACAACUAGUCUCGACGCCAUCCAAAAGGCCCUUGUGGCCUGUCAGGAUGCGGCGAGGCUUCAGGAUGAUGUGAUGGGAGCUUUGACGCUUGCUAUCUCUUCUCCCAACAACGACACGCUCAAAGGGUUCGUCACCCUGUCAGGCAGUUUCAUCGUCAAGGGGGAAUUGACGAUCAAGUUGCCAAAGCUCCCGGUCGUGAAGGCUGCGAUCCACUCCCAGAUCACAACCAACAUCUCGGCGGCCCAGUCUCUUUUGACAGCAUCAAACGCCUCUACGACAGGAGGCGGUGCAUCAUCUUCUUCGGCGUCUUCUGUUACAGGGGCACUAGGAGGAGGCAGUACAGGCGAGACAAGCCCUGAGGAAUUUCACGCUACAGCGACGGAAGGAACUGAGGCUUCUAAAGCAGAUGAUGGACAUGGAUCUCAGCAGCUGCCGACAAUAGCACAGGGUCUUGCUACUGCCACUGGAAUUGAAACAGGCAUCGGAGCAGGAUCUUUAGUAGCUCCCGCGACAGCCACUACGCCCGCAGCAACAGCGCCUUCGUCAACUGCAACAACAGCUACAGCAGGAUCGGCAACACCUUCAAUACCUGCACCCCAGAUGAACGCCCACCAAGUGCUACACUCUUAUCGACCCCCAGGUCACGUCACACAGCCCUAUGCGUUGGAGCAACUCCGGGAUGUACAGAACCAUACUGCGCAAGCAAUCUUCCGACUGGAAGAUUAUCGGAAAUGGCGAGGCGAGGCAACAAAUGUUGGAGACGGUGCGACAUUGGAUAUCAAAGAGAUCACGAGGGCGUUGAAGACUAUGCUGGAGCUUCUGGGGAGACAUAUUCGAGCGAGCAUUGAGGCCAUGGCUCAACCUGGGAAGGAGAAAUUAUACCCUUUCCGUGUUUGCGAUCCCAAAAUAUUUAGCCCGGCAUUGAGCGAGGACUUUGUGAUCGAGUUUUACAUCCGCGACUCGCAGUUGGUCUGUGCAGCCUACGCCUUGCAGCUGAGUUCCGGAUCUGGCAGUGGUCAAAGCAGUUCGGCAGCAAACGCAUUGACGACAUACUUGCAGCAUGCCCUCCCGGGAGCUUCCUCGGCCUCGAUGCCUUCGUUACCUCACGCAGUAGUGCGAUCGUUGUCUUCAGCUUCGACAACCGCGGCAGUUUCAUCAGGAUCUUCUGCAGACCAUCACCAUACGUCGGCGUCGAGCGCGUCGGUGCAUAACGGGCAAACAGGAAAUGGAGGAGGAGGAGGGAGGGGUGGACAUGGAACUCCACGGCCUGCGUCGCCAAUUCAUCAUCAUAACGGGACAUCUGGACACCCGAGCCACGCCAGUCAUCAAUCACAUCUUACUCAACAGCAUGGACAGGAACCUGUUGUUCUGCCGACAUCGGACAAAAUUGGUCAAACCAGCAAGGGCGGCAUCAACAAGUAUAGAGGAAAGAUUGCGACGACACUCGAGGACAAAGUGGUGCAGGUCCAGAGCCCCAAACUGGCCGAGAUCAGCGCACGGCUCAUCCAGGCUGAAAACUUCUGUCGACGACUGUUGCAUUUCUUGGUCCUCCAGGAUUCUGUCGCCGCUUCUCCUUAUUAA